AUGGACUCUGCUGAAGGAGGAGACAAAUACCGGUCGUUCCUGCACGGCGACGGCGAGAAGAACACGGUGUGGAGGCAUGGAGCCCCUCCCAACUACGACCUGGUGAACAAGCUCUUCGAGGAAGAGCGGACCAAGGAAUGGGCCGAGGGGUCUCUGGAAGAGAAGGUGCAGCGGCUGCUCAAGACCUGGGAGAUGGAGUUGGUCCACAAGGAGGUGACGGCCAUGGGCGGCUACAACGCGUUCCUGGCGACCACGCUGCCGCCGGAGCACCGCAUCUACGACCCGGACGCCGAGACGGUGGAGUCGGCCACGUCCACGUUCCUCACGGCGUUCCCCCGGGGCUUCGCCAUCGAGGUGCUGGACGUGUACAGCGGCCCGCCCAGGAUCGCCUUCAAGUUCCGGCACUGGGGCUACAUGGAGGGCCCGUUCAAGGGCCACCCUCCGCACGGCCGCCGCGUCGAGUUCUUCGGCGUCUGUGUCUUCCACGUUGAUGAGGACACCAAGGUGGAGAAGGCGGAGUUCUUCUACGAGCGUGGCAACUUCCUCGCAAGCUUCUUGUCUGCGCCUGCUUCUGCUGCUGCUGCUACUGCAGCAUCGGCUUCAGGCUGCCCUGUGAUGAGAGGAGGAGACUGA